CUGCAGCUUUGUUUAUGUGAGGAUGGCACUGUUCAAAACUGGCCGGAAGAAAAAUGAGAUAUUUCAAAAGAAACGAAGAGCAGGCAGUGCACCGAAAGCUAGCGCCGGUGGCAAACCGGAGAAGGUACCCCGGAUACGAUCAGUAGCCGACGAUACAAUCGACAGCGAUGAGGAGAUGGCAAAGGAGGCCAGGGAGCCGAGCCGGCAUGUUCUUGAGGAGCAGGACUUGAUGGCCCUGGAAACGGCACAGGAUAAGCGGGUGCGUCUGGCUAAGGACUACCUGCGGCAGCUGCGCGCGGACGAGGAGAAAAGGCGAGACGAAGACGGGGAAGCCGACGAGCAUCUCGACCUGGAGUCACGCAUCGGUCGCACGUUGAAGGAGCAGUAUCUCAAUGAGGCGGGCAAAAUUCAUCGGCCACUGGCGGAUAAAUGUAGCGGAUACCGGGCAUCCGAGAUUUUUGUGCUCCGCUGCAAGCAGCAACGCCUGUCGCCGACGUGCCUAUGUGUAGCCCCCAACGACGAGGCGCUGUAUGUCGGCUGCAAAAGUGGUUUCGUUAUCCGGUGGGACCUGGGGACGAGGAAGCGCACCGCAACGUUUUCCGCCAAGCACCAAAUUAUACGCUCCAUUGCCGUGUCCCACGAUGCGCGCUACCUGGCAGUGGCCGAUGGCACGGCCAACAUCAAGGUGCUGGAUGGAACUACCCUGGUGGAGGUGAACUGCCUGCGCGGACACUCCGCGACGGUCACCGGAGUCGUGUUCCGCCAGCACACGUAUCAACUAUUCUCGGCAAGCGAUGACCGGACGGUAAAGGUGUGGAGUCUCGACGAGAUGGUAUACAUCGAAACACUGUACGGUCACCAGAGCUCAGUGAGUGGCAUCGAUGCGCUGGCCCUGGAGCGUGUUGUCACGGCCGGCAGCAUGGACCGUUCGGUACGCGUGUUCAAGGUAUCGGAAGAGUCGCAGCUGGUUUUUGACAGUGUCCAGGAGGACUUCAGUGUGGUCCGCUUCAUCAGCAACGACUUGUUCUUAUCCGGUUCGAUCGAGGGAUCGGUUUGCCUAUGGAGCUCCGGUAAGAAGAAACCAUUGCGAAGGUUACCUCUAGCCCACGGGCAGCAGGACGAGGGGCACCCGAACUGGAUAAGUGCGAUCGGGGUGCUGCCGAACUCGGAUCUCGUCGCGUCCGGCUCGUGCGACGGAUUCGUGCGUGUCUGGCGGCUGGCGGAGAGGCGGAGAACGAUCGAACCGCUGCUGGAGGUACCAGUCGACGGCUUUGUCAAUGCCAUCGAAUUCACACACAAUGGUCGGUUUUUGAUUGUUGCGGUAGGACAGGAGCAUCGUCUCGGUCGCUGGUGGACACUGCGCAAUGCCCGAAACCGGGUGCUCGUGGUGCCGUUGUCGAUCACCGAGUAAACCGAGGGUCACGUUAAGAUGAAUUAAUGACGUUAAGAUGAAGUUAAAGGAUAAAGGCACAUGCAAAAUGUGCCGGAAUCAUUUCAUCCUUAUCAUCAGCAUCAAGCUAAGCCUAUAUUGUACAAUUGGGUUUCGGAAAGAUGUACGACCAUUACGUACGGUUGUAGCAUUCAUUUAUUGCACAUAAUUUUGCAAAGCUAUUUUGAUUGUAAAAACAUUUUUUUUCAAGAUAUAUUCCAAUAAAGCAUAUUCAAAUAAACCACACCCAAAUUUAACACA